CAUCUAUCCACUGAAGGCCGCGCCAUGUCUCUGAUUGCAAGCAUACAAUCCCCUUCGAAUCGGAUCGUUACGGGCACAAUCGGUGCCGGUCUGCUAGCAUCGCUCCUAGGCUGGUGUUAUCGAGAUUACCAGAACUUUCUCGCUCUGGGACCGGGAGGUCUCCCGUACAAUUUGAAAGGUUGGGCCAUCGUCACACUGUUUAUUAGGCCAUUUGCUAUGAGCAAGUUCAAAGCAACAUCCGUCGACGACUACCCGGAAAGUGGAGCCGCGGAUAUCGUCAAACAGCUCUCUGUCCGUCGCGGAGAGCGCGCUACAUUGGGGGGUAUAGCACCUCAUCGCCAGCUGUCACAGUAUGCUCCCGAGCAUAUGAGAGUGCAUAUGCAAAACCUGUUCAACAACGUUGUUGAUCAAUACCCGGAGCUUUUGGAGAUGAAAAAGUCCUUGUACGAACGCCACCACGAUGCGCUCUUUGUGUCCCCAAACCUGCUGCAAAGCCCAGAUUCGCCGGUUCCGGCAACCGCGCGGCUGGCCCACGGCGAGAUAGGGCACAUGCACACCGACCUCUCCGUCCACCUUUACCUAUCCCCAGCCGACGCACGCCAGAUUAUCCAAAAGAAGUGGGGGGAACGCCACAGGCUGUCGGUCCCCAAAACAUCCUGGUUUAAAAACAUGUUUGGCGUCGCUGACACUUACCUCAUGAUUUAUGGCCCGAGGGAUGAGGAGGAGAUGGAGGUCUUCAAGGUAAUACUCGCGAGGAGCAUUUCUUUUAUGACUGGAAAGGAGAUAUCUGAGGAUCUCUAA